ACAGAUAGGCACUAUAAGGCACCAGUGAACAUUAGUCUGUGAAUAGUGAAAGACUGACUACAUAUUCUUAUGGGAAACUGGAUUAAUAUGUAAAAAACAAAGUGCAUAGAUAAAUAAUAAAGUAAAAACGAGAAAAGGAACUAUGGGAAUCAUGUUUUAAACUCUCAGUUACCGUGUGCUUGCGGCACCACAGGUACUGAAAAUUAAAUCGAAGAAAAGAUAGAAUCCAAUGUGGCUUACACAAAUGCAAAGUAUAUUAUAGCCUUAUUGCCACUGUCUUGAAAUCUAUAUACAUGACUGUCCACUUACUGAGGAAUAUAGAAAUAGGAAAAUAACUUUAAGUCAAGGUAUCUUAUUAAUGAAAAUAAGAAACCAGAUAUAUUAAAGAAAAUAUUACAAAUUUGCUUGCAAAAAAUAAGAAAAAUUGUGGAUAUAUAUAUAUAUACACCUAGAUGUGCUCUCGUUAUCUCUUUUCUGGGCCUAGUUUAUAGGACUAAUGUAUAUCCAUAUGUUCUUCCACAACCUGACGGAUAUGGGGUGAGCAAUACAUUAACCGCUUCGAUGCCAAAAUCUAAAGCAAAACUAAAUGUGUGUAAUUACCCAUUUGUAGCUACGGGAGCAGAGUGGUGUCUCGUCUUCAGCAAUUUGAAAGUGUCCAGUGGUUGCUAUACUUACUACAUCCUCUGUGCGUAUGUGUGAAUUUUCCAGAAAACACUGAGUAAUGAAGCUCCCUUCCUCCUCAUGCUCUUGGAAACAUGUUAACACGAUAAUUCCUGCAUGGCUGGUCAUCCCUGCGGUAGUGGUGAUAAUUGGAUUGCGUGAGAUAUUUGCAUCUACAGUACUGGAGAAUAUAUUGGAAAUUCUUAAUGAUUAAUGACGAAAUGGAGAGAAGAAAACUCUUGACUCGGUUAAUUGUGGCUGUGUUGACCAUCGCCAGCGGGUUCAAGUGUGAUACCAGUCCCACGGGAGACCCUGGCGAUAGUGCAGUGUUGCCAAAUGCAGACAGGGAGGCUGACACUGUUGCUUGGGGGUCAGAGGUCACGCUAGCAUCACCGGCAGUACCUCUCAGGCUCAUCAUACACCUCAAAGGUGUAAACAAAGAAGGUUGGAUCCACCUGGAGGCGGGCGAUGGCAGUGAGGCGACCUUCCUCGUCUCCAUCUCUGAUGACCUUGACCCCAAAGAAGUCAGAGGAGAGGUCACGGAAGCGACUCCAAUUCACGGUUUUCCUCGGCUGCUGAAAGUGACAGAAUUGUAACUGAGGGUGAUGGAGGUAAUGAGAUCUAUGACAUAGAAAGUACACAGCCAACUUUCGUAAAUAAGGACUGUGACCCCCCACUUUUUGAACAUCAGGUGAACGAUAUGCUACCUUUCGGACAUAAGGACAACGAUGUAAAGAGUUUAGAACAUCAGAGAAACAACAAACUUUCUUCCGGAUACCAGAGAAACGAUUUAUCUUUCGGACACCAAGAAAAUGACAAAAUACCUUCUGAACACCAGAACAAUAUGAUACCUUCUAGAGAGGAAAGAAGCGACUUGCUGCCAGAUAAACUACCGGGAAGCUCUCAAACAAUCAGGGAUACUGGUCCUCGCCUCUCCUCAGCGGAAGUGUGUCCAAAUCUGACUCGACUGUUGUCCCCUAAUAACGAUCCUGACCUCAUCCCACCGAGCUAUGACUUAGAGUGCAAGAUGACUCCACCUGGGGCAAUGUACACGCUCACCUACAUCUACGAAACCCCUGGCAGGUACCACCUUGUUGCCUACUACAAGGAACGAACAUCAGGGACAACCUUGUGGAGGAGGGAGGUUCAGGUGGAGGUGCAGGUGCUACAAGUGGUCUUAGGUCCGAGCGCCGUGUUGACCCUGCUUCACGGAUCAGUUACCGCCCACGCCCAUCUCUCCCUCACACCCGCAACCGCCCACAGUCUCUGCCCGAGGGGACACAUAUCAUGGGCGUGGGACUUUGGAGAAGAGUUGGCGGAGAAGCAGCGUGAAGAGAUGAUGUUUGGAAAGACGGGAAGGAAGAUGGGAGAUGGAGAAAUAACAGGAGAGAUGACUGGCGAUGAUGAGAGAGUCGAAAAUCUGAGAGAUGAGGAUGAACUGCUAAAGAAGGGAAGUGGAGAAUAUGAAGAUUACGUUGUGCUGCUAGAGAAAGUAACAGAGGAAAAUCGAAAGCAAGUUGAAAGGAGGAGAAGCAGAAGAGACGCGAGAUUUAUCCACCGGAGGGAGAUGGCGAAGACAGUCAAAGGAAAGGGAAGUGAUAUUUUGGCUGAAGGUAAAGAGCAGCAGGUAGCUACCUCUGAGGCCUUAACCACCCCCAGCUAUCUUGAAGAUAUAGUAACUGGUGACAAUGAAGCUUCUAGUGCUGGUGGUGACAACGAAAGUUCUAGAGCUGGUAGUGACGAAGAAGACUCUAGCGCUGGUGGUGACGAUGAAGAGUCUAACGCUGUUGGUGACGAUGAAGACUCUAGCUCUGGUGGUGAGGAAGAAGGCUCUAGCACUGAUUUUCAUUAUGGUAUCCCGAGUGCCACACUGCCCAUCGUUAUUACUACCUCCAACUCUGAUACUGUCUCCUCCUCCAACCCUUCUCUCUCUCCCACCACCGCCCCCUCCAUCAACUGCCAUACCUCCACUACCACUACUACCAAACCUCCACUCUCUCACACUGCCACAACUACCCUCAGUACCUUUUAUUCCACCAUAACCUCAACCAGCUCAUCCGCUUCUACCAUCAGGGAUAUCAACACAAAGAGCAGCCCAUCAACCACGGUCUACCACAACUACCACCAGCCUGGAACAUAUGACUUCAGCGCCCAAGUUAAAUGCAAUUCUCUUGGGCUCUUUAAGAAGAAAAUCGACAAUGCCUUCUUGGUCGUCUUGCCUAUCGGUGACGUCGAGAUAAGCUCGUCACGGACCGUGGUGGUGCUCGAGCAGGUGACGGAGCCUGUGACGGUGACGGUGAGAGUAAGUGAGGGUUCCCAUCUCCAGCCUCUUACUCUAGACCUGGCUGACGGGACCAUCCUUCACAUCCCUCCCAAAUUCCUUGCAGAAAACGGCAACUGGGUUGCGCAAGUGGAACACGUGUACAGCAGUGAAGGAGAUUACCUGCCCAGGGUACACGUGGUUAACCCGGUGAGCUGGAGGAACACUAGUAUCCCCCGUCCCAUCAGAGUCCAGCACUUGCCAUCCUCGGUGUUCUUGUGGCCCGAGAAUUACCUGGGAGCGGUCGGGGAGGUGGUAACCUUCCACGCCCAUGCCCUCGGUACCGACCUCCACUACGACUGGUUGCUACCAGGGGGAGAACACCUUCAUGAUUCAGGUAGGUACUGA